AUGCCAACCAACCACCCCCACUCCCCCUUUUACAAAGCCCUCAACACCCCUCCCAGCCCAACGCACCACGGCUUCCCCCAAGACAGGGAGCCCCCCUACCAUGCCCUCCCAAUAACCCACCUCAAAGACCUCACACUCACAGCCAUGUGCGCCCCCUGCUUCAACCUCUAUCUAGACCUCUACAGCAAAUUCCCCGUGCGCGCCCAAACCCUCGACAAGCACGGCCGUCACAAGAACAAACACCCCUACCUCUUCACACGGCACUUCCCCUCGGACUCGAAAACAGAGUCGCAGAUCCAGCUCAUGCUCGACCUGCUCCGUCUCGGGCUGCAGCAUGCCUUUCCGAAGACGGCGGCGCAGAUAGGCGUUGAUUCGACGGUGACGACGUAUAACAGGUCGUUGAGUUUUGUGGCGCUGAGUGUUGUUGUGGAUUUUCCGGAAAAGGUUGCUGUUAAUGAGACGGUGUUGCACGUGCUUUUUGGGAUGGAGGAGAGUCAAGGUUGGGAGGUUUUAGAUUUCAGGGGGGCCGUUGAGAAGUUUUGUGAGUGUGGUGGGAAAAGUGGGAAGUGGGGGAAGGGGUCUUGUAUGUUGAGGGAGUGGGUUUUGUAG